AUGGGUAUCUUCAAUCAAAAGUCCAAGUUCAAGGCUGCGCCGCCUACCAUCCGCAAGGAGGAGGUCGUUAUCGAGAGGCCAAAGCCCAAACCGCGACCGGUCGUUGUUUCGAGCGCGAGCGGACUGCAAGUACCCAUGACUGCCGCACGCAAGAUCAAGACGCCCUCAGCCUCACCACGAGCCUCCCCCGGUCUGCGCCAGAGCGCAUCGCCCUACCCGCCCUCGUCCGACGAGAAGCGCCCCGACCUCAAGCGCAAGAUACGCAACGGCGCGUCGCACAGACCUUCCCCCGCGAGCGAUCGUAUCGAGUUUGACAAAGACGAUUCCGAAAGCGAUGACGAUUGGGAGGAUGCGCUCGAUGCGCGCAAGCGCAGAAAGCGCGCCCUUAUGAUGAAUACCGAGGCGCGGGACCCGGAUCGGAAAAUGCCACACCCUGACCUGCUGGGAAUCGCCAACGAGGACAAGAUUCGCAAGAAAGAGAUGCAACUCGUGCAUGCCGUUGACGUCGCCUCCCUAAAGCUGAAAUGCUCCCCAACUCUGAAUGCGCCGCCGGAGGAGGUUGCGUUGAAACUUCAAUACCCCGGCUCAAAGCAACGAGAACGCUAUGAGCUCGUUGCUGGUCGAGAAAAGAUCGACGUUGUCAAAGAGAUCAUCACAGUAGUAAAAUAUGUCGCCGAUGUGUAUCUCGACGAUGAUGAAGCCAAACCUUUGACAAAUCGCGAAAAUGGUAUCAUCCGAAGACUAGAGCGGGCAUCCAGCACGGCUGUCUGGGAUUAUAAAGCCUUCAAAUCAGCUGUCAGCGACUUCAAUGACCGGCUGCUGAUGCUGUACAGCGACGGGACCAUAGCGAAAAACUUGAAGAAGACACACGACCUUCCGCCAGAUCUGGUCGCUUUCAUUCUUAAUCAGAUCUAUGAGCGCACGGUCUCGCAGAGCGUAGAGCUCCUGCGGAAAUACGAAAACGGUACCGAUUUCGUGUACGGCGAACUGAAGCAUGUUUUCAUCACUGAUCUGCUCGUCCGCAGACUCAAGAUGACGUCAAGCCAGGUCUUUGUCGACCUUGGGUCCGGGGUCGGAAAUGUGGCACUUCAGGCGGCCCUCGAGAUCGGCUGUGAAAGCUGGGGCUGUGAGAUCAUGGAGAAUGCCUGCAACCUGGCAGUGGCUCAGAAGAAAGAGUUCACCUCGAGAUGUCGACUGUGGGGUCUUGCGCCGGGUAAGGUCCGUCUAUUGAGAGGCGAUUUCACCCAGGACACCCAAGUCCACGAGGCCCUGAAGCGGGCUGAUGUCGUGCUUGUCAACAACCAGGCCUUCACAUCCAAGCUGAACGACACUCUGGUGACCAUGUUCCUGGACCUGAAGCAAGGCUGCAAGAUUAUUUCGCUUAGAAACCUGGUCCACGACUCUGGCCAUAAUAUCAAUGAUGUGGGAACGACGAUUCUGGACGUCGAACAUCAUAGGUAUCCUGAGGGAUAUGUUAGCUGGACCGAUUCUCCAGGGACUUUUUGCAUUUCAACCCGGAAGUAA